UUCAAAACAACACAACUCGCACCUCUCUCUCAGAUAUGAACAGCGUUUUCUUUUUCUGAUCCAAACCCUAAAAUUAGGUCAGACCAAAACCAAAUCCAGAAAUCCAAGCAUUAGAUUCCAUCGAGAAAAAAAAAUGGAGAAAUACGAGAAGCUGGAGAAGGUAGGGGAAGGCACGUACGGGAAAGUGUACAAGGCAAAGGACAAGGAGACGGGACAACUGGUGGCCCUGAAGAAGACGCGGCUGGAGAUGGACGAGGAAGGCGUGCCGCCGACCGCACUCAGGGAGGUCUCCCUGCUCCAGAUGCUGUCCCAGUCGCUCUACAUCGUCCGCCUCCUCUGCGUCGAGCACGUCGACAGCAAGAAGGAGCACGGCAAGCCCCUGCUCUACCUCGUCUUCGAGUACAUCGACACCGAUCUCAAGAAGUUCAUUGAUACGUACCGCAAGGGCCCGAACCCCGGGCCGCUUCCCCCCUCGUUGGUCCAGAGCUUUUUGUAUCAGUUGUGUAAGGGGGUCGCUCACUGUCAUUCCCAUGGUGUCCUCCACAGAGAUCUGAAGCCACAGAACCUUUUGGUGGACAAAGAGAAGGGGAUACUGAAGAUUGCUGACCUUGGCCUUGGAAGGGCCUUCACUGUUCCUCUCAAGAGCUACACUCAUGAGAUUGUUACUCUCUGGUACAGAGCUCCAGAGGUUUUGUUGGGAUCUUCUCAUUACUCUACUGGAGUGGAUAUGUGGUCUGUGGGUUGCAUAUUUGCUGAAAUGGCAAGGAGACAAGCUUUGUUUCCUGGAGACUCUGAGUUCCAGCAGCUGCUUCACAUAUUCAGGAUGAUGGGAACACCAACAGAGAAGCAGUGGCCAGGAGUCAGUUCUCUACAGGACUGGCAUGUGUAUCCCCAGUGGGAGCCUCAGAACUUGGCACGUGCCGUUCCAGCAUUGGAACCUGAUGGUCUCGAUCUUUUAUCGAAAAUGCUGAAAUAUGAUCCAGCAGAGAGGAUCUCAGCUAAAGCAGCGCUUGAUCAUCCCUUUUUUGACAGUUUGGACAAGUCUCAAUUCUGAAGUAGCAUCUUGAUGCUCAGUGAAGUCUGUUGCUAUCAUGAUGGAUGUCAUCUGCUUGGUGAUUUGAACUGUCUCAUCACAUCUUUCAGUUUUCUCAUUUUGUGCCUCCUGAGUUUUUGUUCUGCUUCUCAAAAUUUCACUUGUGGAUCGGUGAUGAUAGUAGAUGAAGCUUUUAUCUCUAAGGGAUUGUUAUUUCUGUCUCGUGACAUCUUUUAGAGCUCAACUGCAUGUUGAGUACACAUUUCACAUUGUUGUUUCUAUGUAGACUUCUGCCAUUAAGUAAAUUACAAUUUCCAACAACCAGCAAGAUGACAUUUCGGUGGUUGUAUUGGUCUACUCGUGUUAAAACAACACACAAUGAAAUCGUAUUUGGUUUAUCA